GCCAGUAGUAGCUCAAACAAGUGGCUGGGGGCUGAUGCAAAGCGAGCACAUGCAGUCUGCCACCAGUAACCUAAAGGGAAUGACACGCUACAUCUAAUUCUUGAUGGCUUUUUGAUCCUCCUCCCACUGAGAGGUAAUAAAAGGAAUCUGCAGACCCUCGAAGGAUUGUUUACCCUUGGAUGCCGCUGGAGAAAGACAUCCAGUCAUUGAGAGAGGAUUAAGAACAAGCUAAAGACCAGACUUAGCACCUAACUCUAUUAUGAAGAUGCUGAAUGUGGACUUACUAGUUUUAAGUUUCUGCCUUGGUCUGGGGACAGGAUACAGUGCUGCGGUUAAAAGAUCAUAUCAGAUUCAAAACGGGCCGUGCAGCUACACCUUUCUGCUGCCAGAGCAGGAGAACUGCCAGACUCAGAGCAGCAGCUACUUCUAUCCAGAUCAGAAGGAUGGACCUGUGGACGACGAGGACUCAGCUCAGAGGCUGGAACAACUGGAGAACAUCAUGGAGAACAACACACAGUGGCUGCUUAAGCUGGAGAACUACAUACAGGAUAAUAUGAAGCAGGACAUCGUCCAAAUCCAACAGACUGCUGUACAAAACCACACAGCGACGAUGAUUGAAAUCGGAACAAACCUGCUGAGUCAAACCGCAGAGCAAACAAGGAAACUGUCCAACGUGGAGGCACAGGUAAUUCAACAAACAACUCGACUUGAACGGCAACUUCUUGAAAAUUCCUUGUCAACCAACAAGCUGGAAAAACAACUAAUUGUCCAAACAAAUGAUAUCAGCAAGAUAAAUGACAAAAGCAGAUUUCUGGAGAAAAAGGUGGAUGAGAUGGAGGAGCAGAGGCAGGUGGAGCUGAAGACGCUUAGAGAUGAAAAAGAGCAACUUCAGACUCUAAUACUGAGGCAGACGGCCAUCAUAGGCCAGUUGGAGCAGCAGCUGCUCAAAGUGUCCCCUAACAACACUGCACUGCAGCUCCAGCAGCAGGAGCUACUAGACACCGUCAACAACCUCAUUCACACCAUCUCUGCCGGCUCGUCUCGAGAGAGCAAAACUGUCAUGAUGCAGGACACUCCUACAACGUUCAUGGACUGUGCUGCUGUGUUCAAGUCAGGGAACACCCAGAGUGGAGUAUACACUCUCACUCUACCCAACACUACAAUAGAGGUUAAGGCUUUCUGUGACAUGGAGACAGAAGGAGGUGGGUGGACAGUACUACAAAAACGCUUUGACGGCCAUGUUGACUUCCACCGUACGUGGCAAGAGUACAAAAAGGGGUUUGGAGAACCUUCAGGUGAAUUCUGGUUAGGAAAUGAAUUUGUCUCCAGAAUGACAACUCAACAGUCCUACAAACUGAGGAUCCAGCUGAGUGACUGGGAAGGAAACUCAGAAUUCUCACAAUAUGAUCAGUUUUCUCUCGACAGUGAAGCACAAAAUUACAGGAUACACCUUAAAGGCUUCAGUGGAACGGCAGGCAAAAUAAGCAGCAUCGGGCAGCCAGGAAGUGAUUUCAGUACAAAGGAUGCGGACAACGACAAAUGUGUUUGCAAAUGUUCACAACUGACAACAGGGGGUUGGUGGUUUGAUGCCUGUGGUCCGUCCAAUUUGAAUGGGAUGUAUUACCAGCAGGGCCAGAACUCAAACCGCUUCAAUGGAAUCAAAUGGUACUACUGGAAAGGCUCGGGCUACUCACUGAAGUCCACUGCCAUGAUGAUCCGACCAGCAGACUUUACAGGCUCCCUUUGAACUGACACGCUAAGGUGGAUCGAUAUUCUGCCCAACAACAGCAAUAAAAACCAAAAAUAAACAUUCUCAAGGGAACCAAAGCACUUCAUGAACACAUUUUUACAUACUUUUGGAAAGACAUAUUUGUGCAUAUUUAUGUGUUUGAAAAUUUGAAUUCAAUGGGUCGUUGCAAGUUGUAAAAAAUGUUGUAAAAUAUGGGCCGUCAAAAUGACAAAAAUAUAUAGUGAAAUUACUUUUGUCUGUGAUAUAUAUAGAGAACUAUACGUUUAGUAAUUACCAUAGACUGUAUAUAUAAAGGUAAUUACACUGUGUAAUAAAAGCUCUAACCACAAAGAAGAGGCCAUAGUAAAAUGUGACAUUAAUUUAUCGUAUGUUCUAUCAAUCUAAAAGAUUUUAUUAUAGUUUAAGCACCCAUUUAAAUAGGUUUUUAAUAGCUACCUAUCAUUGUUUAAAAAAGAGACUAUGGUACAACAAGCAGAUAAACAACUUGCUCAAAGUGAUUGUUAUGUUUCUGUUAAAUGCCUAAAAUGAAAAUGUCAAAAUGCCACAGAAAAUGUUUUUCUUAAAACAACAUUGUUUUUCUACUGAGAAUGUAUGUACAUUGGUUGUUUAAUUUAUAUGUAGAUUUAAUAUUUAACAUUAUGAUAGAGAUUUGUUACACAUCUUAAUGUUAGUUAGUUAACAAUUGUAUUGUACAGGAACUCUUUGAAUCUAACUGAAGAACCUUCCCACUGCUCAUACAUGACGUGUUUUUCAAAUGUUUUGUUAAUGUAUUUUUUAUUUGUAUUUAUGUAAUGUUUCUACUGAAGCAAAAAGAAACAUGAAUGGGAAAGUUGUGCUUGAAACAGAAUUUCUCACCAGUAAACACUGCCUUUAGAUUUCUUUGAGGGGUUGAUGUUAAUACCCGCUUAUAUAUAAAGUAACACAAGUUAAAUAUUAAACAUGACAACAAGGCAUUUCCCCAACCAUUUCAGCAAUGUUUAAUCAUGUCGAGUACAAAAUAAAAUGUCUAAAUGCUCAAAA